AAUGACAUAACAAGGAAAGUGAUAUUCCUAGUAGACUGAACAUCGGCGUCGGUGGCCUUACGUCUCCUUCUUUUUCCCUUUGUGAAAAAGUCAAGCACCCACCUUUGAAUCCAACGCAAAACCAAUCGACAAUCCGACGUCGUUUUCCAUAAAAUUAAAAAUAUUCAAGCAUUUUUACUUCACCGAAAACCAACACAAAAGAAAUCACAGGCCAUAGAGAGAAAAAAAGAAAGCUUCAAUUUUCAAUCUCUUAGCGGACGCAUUUCCAGAUCGAAUGUGUUAUCUGUAACUGAAGCAGAUCCCGAUUCAUUUGCCAUAAAAAUGGAUGCGGUAUCGAUCAGAGUACCGUAUAAGAAUCUGAAGCAGGAAGUGGAAUUAGUUGACAUUGAUGAAUCUCGGUUUACUCAUUUGGAGAUCCGUAGUGAUUCAUCGUCUCCUAGGGUUUCUAAUGGAGAAAUGAAUGAUUCUCCUCCUCCUCCGCCUGUACGUAACAGUUUGCUCACAUUGAUUCUUAGUUGCACCGUCGCUGCCGGUGUACAGUUUGGAUGGGCUUUGCAACUCUCUCUCCUUACUCCUUACAUUCAGACACUUGGAAUAGAGCAUGCCUUCUCUUCUUUUAUAUGGCUAUGUGGUCCUAUUACUGGCCUUGUGGUACAACCUUGUGUAGGUAUAUGGAGUGAUAAAUGUCAUUCAAAAUAUGGCAGAAGAAGGCCUUUCAUUUUUAUUGGAGCUCUCAUGAUCUCUAUUGCUGUGAUAAUUAUCGGGUUUUCUGCAGACAUAGGAUACUUAUUGGGGGACACAAAAGAGCAUUGCAGCACUUUCAAAGGCACUCGCUCAAGAGCAGCCAUUGUAUUCGUCGUUGGGUUUUGGAUGCUCGAUCUUGCUAAUAAUACUGUGCAGGGUCCGGCUCGAGCUCUUUUGGCAGAUUUGUCAGGUCCUGAUCAAAGAAAUACUGCAAACGCUGUGUUCUGCUCCUGGAUGGCUGUUGGAAACAUUCUUGGAUUUUCUGCUGGAGCCAGUGGAGGUUGGCACAGAUGGUUUCCGUUUUUGACAAAUAGAGCUUGUUGUGAGCCUUGUGGAAAUCUCAAAGCAGCAUUCUUAGUUGCAGUGGUCUUUCUGACUCUAUGCACAUUAGUAACUCUCUACUUCGCCAACGAAGUCCCACUGUCACCCAAGCAAUAUAAACGCUUGUCAGAUUCUGCUCCUCUCUUGGAUGGUCCUCAGAAUACUGGCAUUGACCUUUCUCAAUCGAAAAGGGAGUUGCAGUCUGUAAAUAGUGUAGCAAAUAAUGAAUCUGGGAUGGGUCGUGUAGCAGAUAAUAGUCCAAAGAAUGAAGAACAGAGCCCUGACCAGGAUCAAGGUGAUAGCUUCACUGAUAGCCCUGGAGCAGUUUUGGUCAAUCUGUUAACCAGCUUACGUCAUUUGCCUCCCGCAAUGCAUUCGGUUCUCAUUGUCAUGGCUCUGACUUGGUUGUCCUGGUUUCCCUUUUUCCUUUUUGACACGGAUUGGAUGGGGAGAGAAGUCUAUCAUGGAGACCCGAAAGGAGAAGCAGCUGAAGUAAAAGCAUAUAACCAAGGUGUCAGAGAAGGUGCAUUUGGUUUGCUAUUGAAUUCUGUUGUUCUUGGCAUUAGCUCCUUUCUUAUUGAGCCAAUGUGCAAGUGGAUUGGUUCUAGACUUGUUUGGGCUGUGAGCAACCUCAUUGUAUUUGUCUGCAUGGCCUGCACCGCUAUCAUUAGCGUGGUUUCUAUCAGUGCACAUACGCAAGGAGUCCAACAUGUGAUUGGUGCUACUCGAUCAACUCAAAUUGCUGCUUUGGUUGUUUUCUCGCUUCUUGGCAUUCCUCUUGCUGUAACUUACAGUGUCCCUUUCUCUAUCACAGCAGAGUUGACAGCUGAUGCUGGUGGUGGUCAAGGGUUGGCAAUAGGAGUCUUGAAUCUUGCAAUUGUUGUACCUCAGAUGGUUGUUUCGCUUGGUGCUGGUCCAUGGGAUGCUUUAUUUGGUGGAGGAAACAUACCAGCAUUUGUCUUAGCAUCUUUAGCUGCACUUGCUGCUGGAAUUUUUGCAAUGCUCAGACUACCAAAUUUAUCAAGUAAUUACAAAUCAACUGGCUUCCAUUUUGGUUGAGUAAAUUCAUUCGUUAUACACAUUAUAUCUAGUUCAUGUUACUGAAGUAACAAAAGGAUAGUAUAGUUUAGCUGUGAUAGGUAUAUCUGAUAUUUUCACUCAUUCAAUUCAUUUUUCCCCAAUUUUUGACGUUCUUGUAUAAUGUAAAAUGUCAUCUAUAACGAGGAAGAAUGUUGAUUCGUCUAUGUGAA